AAUGCUUCAGUGACAAAGGCAACAACAAAGCUUUUCACAUCCCUAAGGACAGUUGUCAACUAGACGUUUCUUCGUAAGGAUAUAAGAAAAGCAAUAGUGAAAAUUAAAGGAAAUUUUAUAUAAUUAAAGAGUGAAAAACAUGAGUGAACUGAGGCAACGAGGAAAAAUGGUCGUGGAAAAAGAUUCGUCUGUUGAAGAGGUCUCCGACUAUGAGGACACCUUGAACAAGCCUCAUGCCGUUCCAAUCAUUCUGGCCAAUGACAACCACACAUUUAAACUGGACGAAGAGGCUCUGAAACGAGUCCUCCUGCGGGAUGAACUUAAAGACAGAUAUGCAGUGGUUGUGUCUGUAGCUGGCGCUUUUCGUCACGGAAAAUCCUUUUUGCUCGAUUUCUUCCUGCGUUACAUGAGCUCCAAAUAUGUGCAUAAGCAAAACACAUCAGACUGGAUCGGAUCAGAAGAUACUCCGUUGGAAGGCUUCUCGUGGCGAGGUGGCUCAGAACGUGAUACGACCGGUAUUCUCAUGUGGUCAGAAGUGUUCCUAACUGAACUGCCUACAGGAGAAAAGAUUGCUAUUAUUCUAUUGGACACACAAGGCACCUGGGACAGCAAAAGCACAGUCAAAGAGUGUGCGACUAUUUUCGCUCUCAGCACCAUGAUCAGUUCAGUGCAGAUUUACAAUAUUUCUGGCAACAUUCAAGAGGAUGAUCUGCAGCAUCUGCAGCUUUUCACUGAAUAUGGGCGAUUAGCGCUGGCGAGUUCCGGCGAAACACCAUUCCAACGCCUUCAGUUUCUAGUACGCGACUGGCGAUUUCCUUAUGAGGCUCCGUAUGGGGCUGUUGGUGGUCAGGCCAUGCUGGAAAAGCGCUUGGAGGUCAGCCAGUAUCAACAUUCCGAAUUGAAAUCGUUGCGCAAACACAUCAAGUCCUGCUUUUCCGAAAUCGCCUCCUUUCUGAUGCCUCAUCCCGGAAUCAAAGUGGCUACAAGCCCAACCUUUGACGGCCGCUUAGCAGAAAUCGACCAGGAGUUCAAAGACCAUCUGAAAAUACUUGUGCCGAUGAUUCUGGCCCCAGAAAACCUGGUUUUGAAGAAGAUCAACGGGGAACGCGUUAAAGUCAGGGAUUUCGUCCAGUAUUGUAAAUCCUACAUGCAAAUCUACGAAGGAGAUGACUUACCCGAACCAAAGUCCAUGCUUGUGGCGACCGCCGAGGCAAAUAACCUUGCAGCAGUGGCAGAUGCUAAAGAUGCCUACAUACAGUUAAUGGAGGACGUUUGCGGCGGAACGAAGCCCUACAUGAAAACCGAAGCCAUCGAGAACGAACAUAAGCGGGUUAAGGACAAGGCUAUCGAACAGUUUGAGAAGAAAAAGAAGAUGGGCGGCGAUGAAUUCAGCGCAGUUUACAAGGAACAACUGGAAAAGGACAUUGAAGAAACAUUCCUGCAGUUUAAGUCUCACAAUGAAGGCAAAAACAUCUUCAAGUCAGCGCGGACUCCGGCAGUGUUUUUCGCAGUGGCAAUCGCCUUUUACGUUGUGUCUGGCUUGUUCGGACUCUUCGGACUCUACUCUCUAGCCAAUAUUUGCAACCUGGGCAUGGCUGCAGCUUUUAUGGUAUUGGUAACUUGGGCCUAUGUUAGGUACAGCGGCGAAAUGAGGGAGAUUGGGCAGGUGAUCGAUGAAUCAGCCAACUUCAUAUGGGAGAACAUCAUGAAGUCUCUCGUCAAAACGUUCGUCGAAUCCGGUAUGCAGCAAAUGGCUGUCGAAGUAGCUGAACGGACAGCCGUAAAUGCCACAAGGGUUGCUUUAAACACUAACUCUUCAUGAUUUUUAUUAAUAGUUUUUGCGAUUUUAAACCCCGCAUAUCAUCCAGGCUAAUAAAAGACCCCGGUGAGUGUAUUGGAAAGGAACGUGGUAUAUGUUGGAUAAAACCUAAAAUUAAAGGAAUGAAAAAUUCUGUAUUUAUUUUAUAUUUUACAACUUAACAUAUACACUUUUCCGACCGUUUUGGUCUAAAAUUCUCUUGUUAAGCGUGUUUUUCCGUUUUAUUUUAUAACAAGUUUUUCAUUCUAAUCACCCGGUCGCUAGGUAUCAUCAUCAUUCACGCAUACCAAUGGCUAUGUUGUAAAAUAAUCCGUCGAUAAAUAACAUUUAAUUAUAAUGGUAGGGAAUGUUUUUCUUGUAUAAAGCACCUUAUUUUCGGGAACUCAAUCCUCGUAUCGCUGUACAGCCGUUUGUAAAUAGGUGACGUACUAUUUUAUCUUUAUACUUUAUGUGAUACAUUAUAUACAUUAGCAAUAUUGGUAUUAUAAUUAAACUUCUCUAUUUAUUUAUUUGUCAAAAAUGCUGUUGUUUUUUAUUUUUGUACAUUAAUUGCGUGCAGAUAUAUUUUUUUAUGUUUCGUUCAUGUCCGAUGUUUGUAAAAUUAGCUCAUGUUUAUUGUUAGAUACGUGUUGAUCAUUUGCGUCUUUUCAACGUUGCCAGUUAUUUUAGUUAAAUAUAUUUUUGGGUUAAAUAUUUGCUUUUUUAAUUUUAUGUUUGUGCAGUUGUUCUUUUAGGUGAGGAAAAAUCCGUUUUUAUGUAGGUAUAAGGUAGGUUUAGUGAUGGUUUGUGUGCAAAUUAAGCCACAUUACGCUAAGGGACUGUAAAAUUAAUGUAAAUCGUACAUUGUUUUUUUUGGUAAUUUGCAAAUAGACGGCGUUCGGUAUGAAAUUGGUGAGUUUUGUCGUGAAAAUAAUGUCUUCCUGAUGUUUCGCUAGCACGCAUUGCUACGAUCUUCGCGAUGCCCGCAAAAUUCACCACUUUCGACCAACAGCCGCAUGAACGAAUCUUUUAGAAAAAAUGAUGGUUGAAUAGAGUUUUAUUUGUCUCGAAGCUUUCCGAAGUUCUUGUGCAUAAACAUCGGAAAAUGGAGCUACGACCAAUGAUACAAUAAAAUGAAUUAUCGAUUUAUUACCUUUUUGAUUCAUUUGGUACAUUUUUUGCUUUUGCGUCAGCACUUUUGCGCGAAAUUCAGUUAUUGCAUGGUCGUGGCUCUGUAAAAGACACCCAAGUGCCUGCCAAGUGUAAAUAUAGUUAAAUGUGUUUUUUAGGCGAUUAACGUUAAUGUUUAAAAACUUCUAAAAUCGGGCCAUUUCGGAGUAUUCCAGCCGGAGCUGAAUCUUCUCUAUCCCGCCUUCUAAAUUAAGGAAUAUGUACAUAGUUUUAGUAAAGUUGCAUAACGUAGUUCUAAAAUACACUCUCUUUUUCUGUAAGUUUACAUUUUGGGCUUAUAGUUGGGCAGCUAUUGAACUUCCAUUCAAGUGCAAGUUUUUAUAUGUAAGUGUAGAGUUUUUCAUUUUUAUUAAUCUACGCAUUGUUCGAAUGUUGUACAGGAUUGAUUUUUUUUGCGUUUUGAUAUAAAUGUGCUUUUUUCAGUUGAUCGUGUGCUGUUCUUAUAGAACUUUAAUAUUAAAUAUAUUUUGUGUCCGAAGUGAUCGGUAUCGAGAGCUCAAUGUUUGUUAGAUUGUUGUAAAAAUCCGUUUAUUUUUGGUUGUGGUAAUAAAAGCAAAACUUGUAUCCUC